GCGGGUCGAUUCCCAUGGCAGAUGUAUGAUACGAGAAGACUUUUUGGCAUUGUUAUACCCUGCAUAUUACUUAUUACGGUCAUAUUGGCUAUUUGUGUAAAGCGGAGGAUGAAAGAAGAUAACUCGCAAGGAAUGCCAAGAAAAGAACGUGUAAUAGCUAGUGGCACUACACCACAAGCAUUGAAAAGUCCAAAGUUACAAGUAUGUCCAUCGACUGGAGUAAAAGCUGAAGAGAAAACAGGAGCACAGGCGACAGAAAAGCUGCCAGAGGACAAGACUGCCUGUGAUGAAAAAACAGCUAUGGAAGGAACACGACCGGAUGCUGAAAAUAAGAAUGUGGAUAAAGGUUUCCCAGAGCGGAAGAUAGUUAGUAUUCUGAUCCCGCCCCCACCAGAAGAACGCCCAAAAAAUCCAGGAAAAUUUGAAGAACAGGAGCCGACAUCCAAUCUUAAGGUCAAAUACUUUAAUAUUUUGACCAUGGUUUUUUGCUUUGGCAGUUUGAAUGAUUAG